AAAAUGAAGACAACAAUAAUAACCACCAGUAUCCUAAUCGUAUAUUUGAACAUUGUCAUCGGGACACCCUUGCAUCCGUUGCACCACAAUGAGCAUUACAUGAAUCGGAUGCAACAGUUUUGUGGCCAGCAUCUAACUCGAGAGCUUGACAUUCUAUGUGGGGGUGAUUACUAUGACCCCAAUGGUAGUGGACAUAUAAUGCAAAAACGGAUCACCGAAGAAUGUUGUAGUAGACAUUGUUCUAGGAAUUACAUUAAAAUGAACUAUUGUCGUCCUUUAGCCGAAGAAACAAUAUUUACUGAUUCGCCAGUUAUAAGUCCUAUAGAGGAGGUUGAUUACCUUGGAUAUUAUUUUGAACUACUUGGACGUGUAUUGGAACCUAUAGAGGAGGAUUAACCAGUACAACAA